UAUUAUAACUGUUUGAAGCUGCAUGUCAUAAAGCACACUAUGUUUCAUAAUUUUGUAACAAAAUUUAAAAGAUAUUAAAAUGGGCCACUUACCCAGUAAGGAUACACGGCGCAUCAGUUUUGAUAAUACAUUUGCUAUGAGCACAGCACUAGCAAUUCCAAAGCAAGCAGAUGAUGAAGUUUUAACUAUUGAUACCCUUGAAACGAACAAAUCCAACGAAUUUUAUUACAAAGAGAAUACAAGACCCAUUGAAGUGUAUGAUAAUGAACAUGACUAUUGGGUGCAACGAAUUGAGUAUCUUAAAAAUGAACAUCAACUAAUAAAUAAAAUUGUGGAGUCGGAAUAUGAAAAAACUGUUGAGGAUACAAAAAAUCUAUUUGAUCCACCAAAAAUAACUCAUGAAAAAAUACAAAAAAUUAGACCAUGCUAUGAUUGGCGCUCUAAGAUGCUUAAAUGCUACGAAGAUAACCCUCAUCAACCUUUACUUUGUGCAGCAACUGUACAAGCGUUUACAAAUUGUGUUCAAUCGUGUCAAAUGGAAGAACAAUAACUUGUAUCACAUAUUGUUUAAAAUUAUACCUAUUGUUGUUAUAUUUACCCAGUAAAAAUAAUAAAAACUGCAUUUUUAUUAUAGCGAUCUUAAAUACACAAGUGAAAACUUAA